UCUCGAGACGACCCUUUCACGAGGGCUUCGCCGUCGUACCUACGCGCCGCACCGCGUUUCCGGCACCUGUCGUUGUUGGACCCAAUUUACAUGUGUGCCCGAUGCGCGUAGACCCCACGCUUCUGUGAAAUUACGUGAUAUUUCUGCCAAGAAUCUACGUACGCGUAGUCCUGCCGCACGUUGCGUGGAUAAAAAGGCAGAACCGGAGGCGAAGAAUUGCGCAUAGCAGCCAACCCGGCCAAGGAAAGAAUUGAAGCGAGCCAGAGAGAGAGAGAGAGAGAGAGAGAAAUCAUAUCACAUGGCGAACGGCGUGGGCUCGGCGAAACCGGAGAUCUGCGCCGGGUUGGGCAUGCCGAUGGCGGAGCUGGAGCAGGUGUUCCGGCGGUACGACGCCAACGGCGACGGCAAGAUCUCGGCGGACGAGAUGGCGUCCGUGCUGUGCGCGCUGGGCGCGCCCCCGGGGCCAGGGGAGGUGCAGAGCAUGAUGGAGGAAAUGGACGCCGACAGGGACGGCUUCGUCGACCUCCACGAGUUCGCCGCCUUCCACUGUGGCCCCUGCAAGGCCGGCGCCGGCGCGGACGCCAAGGAGCAGGAGGACGCCACGGAGGCGGAGCUCAAGGAGGCCUUCCGGAUGUACGACGCCGACCGCAACGGGCUCAUCUCCGCGCGGGAGCUUCACCGCGUGCUCCGCCAGCUCGGGGACAAGUGCUCUGUUUCUGACUGCUCGCGGAUGAUCCGAUCCGUCGACGCCGACGGAGACGGCAGCGUCAACUUUGAGGAAUUCAAGAAGAUGAUGGGCGGCGGAGGUAGGUGCUAGGUCGGUAUGGCCGGGCCAUGAGCAAACUAUGCUGCAUGCGUCCUUGAGGGUUUAGUUCCUUCAUGAUGCUUACUUUAAUUUUAAUUAAUCUCAAAUUCGAAGGCUAAAUGCGAGCACUAAUGAUGAUGCGGGUGAAGUGAUUAAUAAUUAUGUAAAGCUAAUCUGCUACUCCUUCGUCGUCACAGUUUAGAAGACACAGUUAAAUUUACGUGCAUUUCCAUAAUAAAAAUAAGGUUUAUGACA